AUGUUCUGGUCUCAGAGUGUAGCUGCCCCUCUGGUGCUGGUGUUGAACCCUCUCCUCCUAGUGUUGCUGCUGCAACAGCAGGUAGCUGAGGCUGAGGUCUGGGCUGAGGAUGAGGUCUGGGCUGAGGCCGAGACGGGGACUGAUGCUGGGGUUGGGGCUGGGGUCUGGGCUGAUGCUGGGGUCGGGGCUGAGGCCGGGGCUGAGGCCGGGGUCUGGGUUGAUGCUGGAGUUGGGGCUGAGGCCGGAGCUGAGGCCGGGGUCGGGGCUGAGGCUGGGGUCGGGGGUGAAGCUGUGGCUGAGGCUGGGGUCGUGGCUGAGGUCGGGGCUAAGGCUGGGGUCGGGGCUGAUUCUGGGGUUGGGGCUGGGGUCAUGGCUAAGGCUGAGGUCAGAGCUGAGGCUGGGGUUGGGGCUGGGGCUGAGGCUGUGACUGAGGCUGGGGUCGGGGCUGAUUCUGGGGUCGGUGCUGGGGUCAGGGCUAAAGCUGGGGUUGGGGCUGAGGCCGGGGAUGAGGCCGGACCUGGGGCUGAGGCCAGUUUUGGGACUUGUUUGGCUGGGGUCGGGGCUAGUGAGGCCGGGGAUGUGGCUGAGGUCGGGGCUAGUGAGGCUGAGGCCGAGGUCAGCAGCUGUCCCAAGGGAUGCCUGUGUUGCUCCGACAUCCUCAGCUGCGCCGACCAGGGUCUGAAGGCGCUGCCCUCCAUGCUGCACGCAUACAUCACCACCCUAGACCUCAACUACAACCACCUGACUGAGUUGAAGGAGGGAAGCUUUGCCACGCUGCCCCGUCUGGAGUCCCUCCGCCUGGCUCACAACCGGCUGAAAUGCCUCGAGGCCGGAACCUUCCGGAACAGCAGCUCGCUACGGCAACUGGACCUGUCGUCCAAUCAGCUAGACAAAGUGGAUGUGCACUACUUCCUGGAGCUGACAGGAUUGGAGGAGCUGCUGCUCUUCAACAACCGCAUUGUUCGGGUGGAGAGCAAGGCCCUGGCUGCGCUCGGCAACCUGCGCAAGGCCUACAUCAGCCAUAACCACCUCACGGACUUCCCAUUCUUCUCCAUCCAGGAGGACAGCCAUCCCUUCCUGGCCACCAUGGACCUGUCCUCCAACAGCAUGUCCAAACUCCCCCUGGUGGACAUCGAGACCCUGCCGGUGGCCUUGCAGAGUGGACUCUUCCUUCAUAACAACACCCUGAUCUGCGAGUGCAAAAUGUACAACAUGUUCCGGCGCUGGGAACUGAAAGGAUUCACCUCCAUCAGGGAUUUUCGUGAGGAGUACACCUGCCUGGUGUAUGGGGAACGCAAGGCCUCCGUUAAGUUUUUCCAGCACAGACGCUUCUUUGAACUGAACUUAAACUGCAGUUCGGCGGUGGCUGGAGUUGUCAGGGAGCCUGAGGGCAGCCUGCUGGUGUACGAAGGAGAUGGCGUGGUUCUGGACUGUCACACCACACUCAGAGGACAGCACCUGACCUACCUGUGGGUGUCGCCUCACCAUGGAGCCGGUGCUCCGCCGGAGAACAACGGCACUCUCCGCAUGCACGCCAAUGGCAGCCUGGAGAUCGUAUCAGCACAAGUUGAGGACUCCGGCGUGUACUGGUGCAAGGUCUUUGACACAGUCAAGAGGAACGAGUCAUGGGAGGUCAACGUGACAGUGUUGAUGCGGCACGACGAGGCCGAGCCCUUCAACACGGGAUUUACGACCCUCAUAGGGUGCGUGACGACACUCGUCCUGGUCCUCAUGUACCUCUACCUGACCCCCUGCCGCUGUUGGUGCCGCAAGCAGCCCCCGCCGCCGGGUACCCCCAGCCCCGCCAACGACCAGUGCAGCGCCCAGUCCUCGAUCCUGACCCCCCCCCCACUCACCACCACUGAGGGCCCAGGCCGCAAGAUGUGUCAAUCUACCUUUACUAUCACCGAUCAAACUUCUCGUCUGGGAGCAUGGAACAAUCUUCCAUCACCACGGUAACAUCAGACCGGCAGGGCAACCGACAGAGGCAGACUCCGGAUGACGUCACAAAAACAACAACAACCAAUUUCCUGAAAAAGAGAGAAGACUAAAGUCCUUAAAAGUAGGACUGAAUAGUCUUCUAUAACCAGCUUCAACAAAGACCACUGUCUCCUGUAUAGGCACAGAGCGGUUUCACCGUACACCACAAAUAAGAGCCAACUACCUAUGCACGUCUCACUCAAUCACUGUGAAUUGUAAUGCUUUUAAUGGAGCCACAAGGCCAAAGAUUUCAGUAUUAUUAGGCUAUAGCGCGGUGAAAUAUUAUUAUGUAGAUAGUGAAAGUAGUCUAGAGUAACACAGUAUAGAAUGACUGACCUAUAGUAGUGCAGUAUUAUUUGUAGAUUAUUUAGUGUAGAUUAUUUUCAGAUUAUUUAGUGUAGAUUAUUUAGUGUAGAUUAUUUAGUGUAGAUUAUUUGCAGAUUAUUUAGUGUAGAUUAUUUGCAGAUUAUUUAGUGUAGAUUAUUUGCAGAUUAUUUAGUGUAGAUUAUUUGCUGAUGUUUUAGUGUAGAAUCUUUGUAGUUUCUGUAGAUAAUUGGGACAAGAUGAGGGUUGGGUGAGCAGGGGAUGGGAAAUAAAUAAAUUGGGAUUAAAAUUGAGAAAGUGCUUGAAUAUAUCAGAUAAAUAAAACAUAUGUAACAUCUAUCUAUUCAUUUUGUUCUGACUAUGCGUGAUGAUCAUGUGCUCUUCGCAUUAAGUGGUAGAAAACAUAUGAUUUGCUACCACAACUGGGGCUGUGGCGGUCAUGAAAUUUUGUCAACCGGUGACUUCAAGCAAAUAACUCUGUAAUUGACCCUUAAUGAACAUGAACACAUUUAGCGUCUCCUGCCUUCCACACAUAGCCUACAAGCCAGGGAUGCAGACCUUUGGAACAUCUACAUAAAUACAUGUAAU